GGUCGCCCCGAAUCUCCAGUGCCGUUAACAAGCGCGUGGGGCGGCUCCGGUGCGUCCCAGGAAGCACCCAAAGUGUUAUCAACGAAUGAAGUCAGUGCGGAUUCGCUCGUGCUCUCCCCGUGCUCCAGAAAGCUCCGCCUCGAGCGGACGAUGCAGCGACCGACGUGCCGGAACGGCGCGCGAUAACGAUAUAGCCGUCAGGGCGGCAGGGUGGGGAGGUCCACUCUGCUGCGCCAGUCUGGAACGCUGGGACUUGGAGCAAGAUGGCCCUUGUAUGGCUCUGCCUCUGCCUCGGCCUCGGCUCUCUGCUGUCAUCCGGUUGCGGUUUGGAGUUCCUCUAUCACAACACGGCUCAGGUCGAGCAGUACCUGCAAGGCAUCAGCAAGGACUACCCCGCCUUCACGCAUCUGCACAGCAUCGGACGCUCCGUGGAAGGGAGAGAACUUUGGGUGCUAAUACUGGGUCAACACGCACGAGAGCAUCGCGUCGGCAUCCCAGAAUUCAAAUACGUCGGUAACAUGCAUGGCAAUGAGGUGGUGGGACGUGUCUUGUUACUACAGCUGAUUGAGCAUCUGACCAGAGGAUACCUGCACGAUCUGUUUGUGACAAGGUUGCUGAACAGCACGCGCAUCCACAUCCUCCCCUCCAUGAACCCAGAUGGCUUUGAAUCAGCUAACAGGGACUGCUUGUACUCGCAGGGCAGGUUCAAUAAGAAUGGUGUGGAUCUGAACCGGAACUUUCCGGAUGCCUUCUCAGGAGACAAUGUUCCGGUGAGGGAGAAGGAGGUGGUGGCUGUGAUGGAAUGGAUAAAGAACGAAACAUUUGUCCUCUCUGCUAACCUCCACGGGGGAGCCGUAGUGGCCAGCUAUGCCUACGACAACAGCAAUGGAGGUCAAGAACUGCAGGGAGACUCUAGCAUCACCCCCGACAAUGACGUGUUUGUCCAUCUGGCUAGCACCUACUCUCUCAGCCACGGAAACAUGCACAAGGGAAACAGCUGCCCCGAUUCCAAAGACUUCACCAAUGGCAUCACCAACGGCUACAGAUGGUAUCCCCUUAGAGGGGGCAUGCAGGAUUAUAAUUACGUGUGGGGACAGUGUUUGGAGCUCACUCUCGAACUCUCCUGUUGUAAGUUUCCUCCAGAAAGUGAUCUGCCAGGCCUGUGGGAGGCCAACAAGCCAGCACUCCUAGCUUACAUGGGGCAAGUUCAUCUAGGGCUGAAAGGUCAAGUGCUGGACUCGAAUGGCAUCCCCGUCCAAAACGCCUCAGUGGAGGUGCUGGGGAGGCUAAACCUUUGUCCAUUCAGGACGAAUCGCAAUGGGGAGUAUUACAGACUGCUGCUGCCUGGCAACUACACGAUCAUGGUGACGUGCCCAGGACAUGAGACGCUCACAGAGACCGUUUCUGUGCCAUACGGCCCAGACCAGUUCAGCGCUUUGACGCACAACUUCUGGCUUCGGAAGUGUGUAAGCAGUACUGUCCCAGGAACGACCACGUGCGUGAUGUCGAGGCCCAGACCCACCGAGAACCGUAGCGCCGCUCUGAAGCCCAGCUCCUUUACUGCACUUAUUGCCUUCACAGUUCAUAGACUGCUGGUGUCCUUACUGGAAUGUCCACAUUCCACACUGGUGUCCACAUUGGUAUACUUAUACGCACUGCUAUUUUAAUUUUUCAAGUGAAUGAAAAAGGCAUACUUUGUUUUCCUUGCACAAUCACACGAGCCGUUUUUUUUUUUUUUUUUUGGGGGGGGGGGGGUGGUGGUUUGGAAGUACUUUAUUUUGUCUGUUGGUUGAUUCGGUGAUUAACUUCUUUUGGAAGGUUUCUGCAGCCUGCCUCAAAAAAGUGAGUUUGGGCCAGCAACUGAAGAUUGGUCUGACACCGCACAGGCUGAACUGUGAUUCAGACUGUUUGCACACAGUGCCAUCAUGGAAGAUGGUGCUUUGGGAACCAACUAUGGAAGUCUUGUACUCUACAAUAUAAUAGGUCACAUAAGAUAUUAAAAUACUAUAUCCAAUACCCAUGAGCAUAGAGGACUCAGGACAGACAGAUGUUGAUAUGUAAUGCCAAACAGUAUGCAGACAUAUGAAAAUUCUGAGUUAUUGUGAAUCCCUCCGUUCUGCACACACAUUCUGCUGAGAGGUUGUGUCCAGCUUGACAGUAGGGAAAGAACUUGGAUCUGUUGAAAUGUUGAUUUAGUUGAAUGUUUUUGCUGGUGAUAGUUUAUAGAAGAACUAUGAUAUUAAUGACGGAGACUCAAAAGCUAAAUAUAGUAUAUUGCAACUUGAAAGCACAUUGCUGACAAGGAGUUAGCAGGUUUUUCUGAUUGUUUCAACUAAAGUUUUGUCUUUUUCUUCAGAUAAAAUGAGGGAAAUUGCAUCUUUAUAAUAGAUUAAAGAAACCCAAUUUAAUUAUUUAGCAAAGACGUUACGUUAUAUGGAAUGAUUUUGAAACAACCAAAUGGCAGCUGUGUGUCUUUGGGCUGUCCUCAGACCAGUGUGUCUUCACCCCAGCUCACUGUGAGCUCUGAGGCCAGGACACAAGCAGACUGCUGGGUGAUCAGUGUCUUAAGAGGAGUGUUGCUAUUCUACCUCAUCCUCAUCAACCUCACACUGACACAGUGACUAGUAGUGCCUUAAAUAAAUAUUUCCAGAAAAUCAUAA